AUGUCUGAAGCCCAACGUGUUAGAAUAAUAUCAAAUGAAAAUUCACAAGCUUUGAAAACAAAACACCAAAGGCUUCAACAACCAGCAGUUACCACAAAUAGAGUUGCUCUUGGAAAUGUAUCAACAAAUGCCUCAAGAAUCUCUAGAACGUCAUUAGACAAACCAAGUCAAAAAAUCAAAGUUUUUGGAGACGAAAAUGAUGAAAAUAAAGCCCCAGCUGGUGUUGAAAAUACUGAAAGGUACACAACCUCUGAAUAUAACAGACAACCUUUAGCUGACAUCAAAAAUAGAUACGUUCAUAAAGACCAGGAUGCUGAUGCUAUAAAGGUUUAUCAAGCCUCUGAAUACAAGGAAGAAGCCUCUGAAGUUUAUGAUGAAGAAGAUGUUGAUGAAGAUGCUAUUCCAGAACCUUUGAUGCCUGAAUUAACACCAAAAAUUCAUCAAGAAUUAAUGCAAGUCUAUGAUAUCUUCCAUAGUGAUAAACUGGAUGAAGAAGAUGAAGAUACUUUCGAUGUUUCAAUGGUUGCUGAAUAUUCACCUGAAAUUUUUAACUAUCUUCAUGGUUUAGAAAUUAAAAUGAGACCAAAUCCAGGAUACAUGAAAAAUCAAACAGAGUUGAAGUGGAAUAUGCGUAGCAUAUUGGUAGAUUGGUUAGUCCAAGUUCAUUCAAGAUUCAACCUUUUACCAGAAACUUUAUUUUUAACAGUUAAUUACAUUGAUAGAUUUUUAAGUAGAAGAAGAGUUUCUUUAAGCAGAUUUCAGUUAGUUGGUGCUGUUGCGUUAUUUAUUGCUGCAAAAUAUGAAGAAAUUAACUGUCCAAGUGUUCAAGAAAUUGCUUAUAUGGUUGACCAUGCAUAUACAGUUGAAGAUAUAUUAAGGGCUGAACGAUUCAUGAUCGAUGUUUUGGAAUUUGAAAUGGGAUGGCCAGGUCCAAUGUCAUUUUUACGUCGCACAAGUAAAGCUGAUGAUUAUGACUUUGAAACAAGAACUUUGGCAAAAUACUUUUUGGAAAUUACUGUGAUGGAUUAUAGAUUUGUUGCUUCACCUCCAAGUUGGUUAGCUGCAUCUGCACAUUUCCUGAGUCGUUUGUUACUGAACCGUGGUGAAUGGACCCCUGCUCAUGUCUACUAUUCUGGCUACACAGCUGAACAACUAAGACCUGCAGCAUCUGUACUCUUAGAAGCUUGUCGUAACCCAGAAGAACAUCAUAAAUCAAUUUUUGAAAAAUAUCAAGAACGUCGUUAUCGUCGCUCCUCACUCUUUGUUCAAGAAUGGAUCAAAGUUUCUGAUGGUGAGCAAUAA